AUGGAUUUCAGCAGGGCUCAGCGAAAUUUGUUGCUUGUGGAGGAUGUAUCUGACGAUGAAAAGGUUCAUGAACAGAAUAUAGCGGAGACUCAAGUGCCGAUGAUGUUCAGCUAUGAGGAGGAAGAUGAAUUAGCUAAAGAUGAACGAGAACAAGAAGUGGAGAAGGAUGAUGAAGUAUUUAUUUCUACUCAGGUUCAGGGUCGGAUUGAUGAACUGGAAGGGACGGAGAACAACAGGAAACAAUUUAAGCGGCUUUUGGCUAAUUUUACAUAUGCUACUGAAGCCGAUGGCAUAGGGUUGCAAGGCGAUGAGGUACCAGAGACUGUGUUGAGUAGUGGGAAGUCUUUAGAGAUGAACACUAUAAAGAGGAGCAGACGUUCUGAUACUAGGGUGAAGAGUAUUACGAAGUAUAACACGGAGAAUUAUGCUCUUCAAAUUAAACAGGAUAGAGCACGACGGCUACUAACAAUGCUUUCAGGUAAAUCACAUAAGAUAAAAAAUCUGCUGAAAGAUAUUAAACAAAAAGAUGAGCAUAGAAGUGAUCCGAUAGACUUCUCAACAUUUAACUGCGAAGAAUGGUCACAAAUUGAAAAGUUACUUCGUGAACGGUUGCCAAAAGUUUCCAGAGCAAAGGUAGCAUUGGUAAAAGAUUUCGUUUACGGUAAGGAACAACAAGAACAUCCUUGGUAUUCUUCACAACUUCCUCCAGGAGAUUGUCCCACAGAUCUAACGGAUAGCCACGGCAUAUACGUGGGGAAUUGUGAAGAUAUGGUAGGGCAGAAGGUGUUCACGUUGUCACAGCUGCUAGACGAUGAUGAUAACAAUGAGCCCAAUGGUAUUGGUUUGGAGGAGGAGGAAGGCUUGACCUCUAGUUCCAGCAAUACCCAACCUUCGAUACCAGACAGCGUGGAUUCUGGGGAACCGAUAGGAAACAUGACUCAUGAUAUAAUUGCAGAUGUAAAUACGACUACACUCUUAGCGGUAGGGAAACAAGACACUGCUUCCAACGUGGAUUGGCAUUUUAAGCGGGGGUCCACGCCAGAUGAAUCGCCUGAUAACCUGCCAAUCCACGAGGAUACUGUUAUAGACUUAACGCAAGAAACUUUUCGAGCUGUGUCGAAUAUAGCAUCACCCGUUAAAGCCACUAGUCGACCCAACAGCAAAGUAUUAUCAGCUACCAGAAAGCCAAGCAUCCAGGUUCCAGCAAGUAACACUGCAUCAAUAAAUACGCCGGCUUCAUUUAUGAGUCUGCAUCGUCCUCCACUCAUAGAAGCCCCCGUUUGCAGUUCUAUUAUCCGUAUGAAAAUUUACAAGGAUACAGAGAUGAACUUUAACGACAAGAAUGCACCCCCAUUAGGAUUCCAACCCCAGACCAUAUACGAAGACAUCGUUGCCGACAGUGAAGACGAAAAUUACACAAUACUAGAGCUCGAGCCCUGCAAAAACGAAGAACCUGUCCGGCCCGCUACCGAUCCUUGCAUUCUCGGAGUCAACAAAAGCACAUCAACCCAAGAUUCCUCCCCAACUGCCACUGCACAAUCGAUAAAACAAUUAAGGCAAUCGCUCAAAACAAUUGGCGUAAAAACAUCUAGAUCCAAUGCCCAGGUACUACAGCACUACAAUACCGUAUCCCAACAACUCCACUCCCAAUCCGACGAAGACAAACGCAACGAACUAUUCCUACGCCUAACCCACCUGCUACAACAAGACAAACCCCUCCUAAACCGCAUCUACUGUUUCCAUCCCAUCACCAUCCAUGACCUUAGAACCUCCUUCGAGUCAAGAGACCAUUUCACCAACCUCAUAGACGAUGCCGUCAUCCGACACUGGGCUGACUACCAAGGGAUCUGUGUUAAAAAUGAUCUUAACGAAUAA